AUGGCCAUCAUUGGAGCACUUGUGUCCGAUACUUCUGCCUAUAUGGCAGAAACUAUAAAAGUCUUCAAGAUUCCACAGUUGACCUAUGGCUCCUUUGCCCAAGAGGCGUUCCAGGCUACUAAGUUAUCUUCCCUUUAUUGCAUGGUCCCAAAAGAGGAACAUCAAUACAAUGGAGUUAUACAGCUUCUUCUCCAUUUUGGAUGGAAGUGGAUUGGAGUCUUCACUUUCGAUAAGAAUAAGGGAGAACAUUUCUUGCAGAAACUGCACCCGUUGCUUUCUCAAAACGGGAUCUGCUUGGCUUUCACACAAAAGGUUCCGCAGAGAGCCCAAUUAGAAGAAAUUUCAGAAUUUCUGGAGGUGAUCUCAGUUAUUUCUAAUCAACUGACAGAUCAGAAAGUCAACACUUUUCUUGUCUAUGGCGAUUCCUUCACGAUUCUGUGGCUCAGAAGUGUGGUGUUUCUACGUGAUCCUGAAAACAAAGAGAGUGCAUCUUUUAGGAAGGUUUGGAUCCUGAUAGAAGUUCAAGGCUUCACGGAGUUUCUUCAAGUCAUCAAACCUUCAACCCACAAGGAUGGAUUUCUUCAAGAGGUUUGGCAACAAUUGUUUGACUGCUCACAUUCCAAUGAAGAAUCACCCUCCAUAUCCAAUCAAACUUGUAGUGGAGAAGAGAAUUUGGAGAAUCUGCCUGCGCCUCUGUUUGAGUUGCAGAUGACUGGCCAAAGCUACAGCAUCUACAAUGCUGUUUAUGCAGUGGCACAUUCUUUGCAUGAGGCAGUAAGAUCAAAAUCCCAACAUAGAGUAAUUAAAAAGUUUGAAAUUCCAGAUCUGCAACCUUGGCAGCUCCAUCCAUUUCUUCAAGGCAUUUCUUUUAACAAUUCAGCUGGGGAGAGAGUGUUCCUGAAUGAGAAAGGGGAAGCAACAGGUGGAUUCGACAUCAUCAACCUGAUCACGUUUCCCAACAGAUCCUUUCAGAAAGUUAGAGUUGGAGACUUAGAUCCCAGUGCUCCAAAAGGGAAAGAAUUAUUCAUUGAUGAAGAUGGGAUUGUCUGGCACCCAGCUUUUAACCAGGUUCUCCCAAUUUCUCAGUGUAAUGACCAUUGCUCCCCUGGAUACUGGAAGAAAGGGUUGGAAGGGAAACAAUUCUGUUGCUACAACUGUGUUUCAUGUCCAGAAGGGAAGAUUUCAAAUCAAAAGGAUAUGGAUGACUGUUUUGAAUGUUCAGAAGAUCAUUAUCCAAAUAAAGAAAAGAAAGGAUGUAUCCUGAAACCGGUGGUGUUUCUAACCUUUGAAGAAACCUUAGGAAUUGGUUUAGCCUCAGCUGCUCUUUGUUUCUUCUUCUUGACUUCUUGGGUACUUGGAACUUUUAUUAAGUACAGGGAUACUCCUAUUGUCAAAGCCAACAAUCGGUCCCUCACCUACAACCUCCUUGUCUCUCUUCUGCUCUGUUUUCUCUCCUCUUUGCUCUUCCUCAGCCAACCUGGCAAGGUGACCUGCCUUCUCCGACAACCAACUUUUGGCAUCACUUUCUCAGUGGCCAUUUCUAGUGUACUGGCCAAAACCAUCACUGUGGUUGUGGCUUUCAUGGCCACAAAACCAGGAUCUCAGAUGAGGAAGUGGGUGGGGAAAAGAUUGGCUUUUUCUAUUGUCCUUUCAUGCUCUCUCUUCCAGGUAUGUAUCUGUAUUCUUUGGUUGUCGACAUCUCCCCCAUUCCCUGAGUUGGACAUGCAUUCAGAGCUCCAAAAAAUGAUUUUACAAUGCAAUGAGGGGUCAGCUUUCUUCUUCUACUGUGUCUUGGGCUACAUGGGUAUCUUGGCCAUUGCCAGCUUUAUUGUGGCUUUUCUUGCCCGUAAAUUACCCGACAGCUUUAAUGAAGCCAAGUUCAUCACCUUCAGCAUGUUGGCCUUCUGCAGUGUGUGGAUCUCCUUCUUUCCAGCCUAUCUGAGCACAAAAGGCAAAGCCAUGGUAGCUGUGGAGGUCUUCUCCAUCUUGGCCUCCAGUGCUGCAUUACUGGGAUGCAUAUUUUUGCCAAAAUGCUACAUCAUUGUUUUUAAGCCUGAGCUAAACCAGAGAGAGCAACUAAUAAAGAGGACUUAA